UGACCUCUCCAGGGUAGGGACGUGAGAGAUUGCUACCCACUAAUAUCGCAGGUGCUGAACCAAAGACAACAUAUUGUCGAACAAAAUAACGACUUUAGACCAAAUUUGCUGCGUUAUACCAACUAGAGGACCAUUACAACGUAAGUUAAUACGAUUGUAAUAUGUAACAGUGGAGUGUAGAUUCAUGAUGCCGACAUGGCCACGAAUAAGAUCGUGUUUACAACAUCCUGUACACUUAUAACCUGAUAACUUAAAAUUCACGAUAAACCGGAAAACAUGGAUCUUCUAUUUUAUGUGAUCCUUAUUGUGGUGAUAGUUUUGAAGAUUGUGUUUUGGAUAUUUUAUUUUUAUGCAAGAAACAGAAGACGACAACAGAUGUUGCUGCUUAGAAAUGGUGUUGAGCAGGUUCCGGAUGGAACACGGCAAUACGAAGAGCAUCCAGCAGUUCCUCAGCCAGCAUACAUGUUUACCCAAUACCCCUUUGGACCAGAUAUGCCGGCGACAUUCCAGAUCCCACCAGAGUACACUGUGGAAGAUCCAAUAAAGAUUGACCAGCCCCCUCCCCCAUAUAUGGACACAAUAACUGUAGAGCCGUCCACACACAUUGAUGUCAGUGACACCGAAAGGCUUGUGGAUAAUCAAGAGAAUUGAUCCAGGUGCUGGGUAUAGCUGUAUGGGAGUGGUUUUUAUUGGAUGGAAAACACACAUUACACAGCAUGUUGGACAGCAUUAAAAUGUGUUCCCAUAGUCUCUUCAACUGGAAAUAGACAUCAUCAUAGUCUAUUUGUGACCACAGACACCAUCAAGGUGUCUUCAAGAUAUUAAAAUAGAUAGUUAUUUUCCUGAGAUGGCCUUGGCUGUUUCAAAUUUUUUUUUAACUCUGUUGAGUGUUACUAUUAGGGACAAAACUGCCUACUGUGGCUGCUAACGGCUGAAUAGUUAACUCAAGUUAUAGCCGAUUUUGAUGUAUCACAAUUUUUUUUUGGCUUUUGGGAUUUUCUGUUCUGUCAGUAAAACCAUUCUGAGCCAAUCAGAGUCUCAUUUUGUGCACUUUCCUGGCUUCCCUCUGGAUAAAAACCAUAAGUGUUGAAACAGAAAGCCAGUCCACUGCACUAGGCAAGAGAUGCCAAGAAUCUGACUGGCCGAACAGAAAAUCCCAAAAGACAAAAACAAAUAGAUGUUUUGAAAAUGAGGCAUCGCGAUACAUCGAAAUUGGCUAUAACAUGGGUUAACAUAAAAAAAAUACUUUUCAAUCAGCUACACCCUAGAAAAUGUAAAUACUAAUUGUAUAUAGUAGCAAAUCACAUUGGAUGGUAAGAAACUCCAUAGUUCCUCUAUUGCCAUGUUUUUUUAUCAAAAUAGUCAGUGUUCAGCUAUUGCAAAUGAGCACACAGUCAUUGCAAACCAAGCACUGGUCAAAGCCUACUUAGAAAAUGUUUUUGAGCUGGGUACAAUACAUAGUACCUGUCAUUUUUUUCUUACCACUGUUCAGAUCAUGAAAUAGGGUAUUGUGUAAGUUUUGAAUAGAGAGUAAUAACUGGGAUUUUAUUUUUCCAAAAUAGCAAUCAUAAAUUCAAAAGUAAUAUUUCACAGUAGGUAUUUCAAACAUGGUUGCAAAAUGUUUUUUUUAUCGCUGCUUAAAAUGAUGCACUAAUGGUUUUUAACCAUUUUCUUCUGUAAUUAUAGGGUCUUUUCCCUUGUCCUAACUUCCCUCUGUCCACUACUAUCACUGGUGGGUAUAGGAUUUUAUGCUGUUAUUUUUUUUUAUAUAACAGAUACUUCCAUAAGAAUGCAAUUCCAAUCCUGACGUAUGUCCACAAAGGUUAUAAACUGUAUUAUCUGAACUUGAUCGAUCUUUACAUCAUUAGCAAGUAUAACCCUAUUUUAGUUUGACAUUGGUGUAGGUAAAAUUUUGCAUACAAAGAUCCUUAAGAUGCACUAAAUGUUUCUUUGGGUGCCAAUAAAAGGCUGACAAAUAA